AUCUAGCACCUGCAGACAGCUGUACGGAGUACAAGUUUACGGUUCCUUCCACAUUUCCCCCAUCAAUCCACCUAAUUUCUUCGUUCUAUAGACCUGAGACAUCAAGUCAAACAAGUUCCAAAUUACCAAGACGCCCACGAAAUAUGGCGGACAAACCCUCCUACAGCCAGUUCGCCUGCAUUGGCACUGGAUUCUCUGGCAUAGCUCUGGGAUGUUCUAUCAAGCGUUGGUACGGCAUUUCAGACGUCCGUUUCUUUGAGAAAAACGAUGAUCUAGGCGGCACCUGGCUAGUGAACCAAUAUCCGGGGUGUGCCUGUGAUAUUCCUAGCCUGCUCUACAGCCUGUCUUUCGCCCCCAAUCCCGAGUGGUCCUCACCCCUGCCCUCCCAACAAGAGAUUUGGCAAUACCUCAACAAGACGGCCAUCCAAUAUGGUCUCCGUGAAAAAAUGACCUUUAAUUCUACAGUUGAAAGAUGCGAAUGGGUUGAAGAAACCGGCCGUUGGCGCAUCACCGUCCGUAAUAAAAUCUCUGAUACUACGUAUAUCCAUGAAAGCCAGUUCCUCUUCAGCGCAGCGGGCAUUCUGGUCCAUCCUCGCAAGCCGGAUAUCCCAAACAUUGAGAGCUUCGACGGCCCCGUCUUCCACGCCGCUCAAUGGCGGCAUGAUGUUGACUUGACUGACAAAAAGGUCGCCGUCAUCGGCAAUGGCUGCUCGGCCGCACAAAUUGUCCCGGCAAUCAAAGACCAGGUUGAGCACGUCACGCAGUUUGCGCGGUCCAAGCACUGGAUCACUCCCCCGAUGCCAGCUCCCAACACUGAGUUGUUCCAGUGGAUGUUUAUUAACAUACCAGGAGCACUUGCUUUUUUCCGAUUCACUACGUUUCUACUGUGUGAGAAAAACAUGAAGGGCUUCUUCAUGAACAAGGCGGGUGCCGCGCAUCGCAGUUUUUUGACCGCCAAGGCCACGAAAUACAUCAAAGAAACGGCUCCCGAAAAGUACCAUGACAUGCUAAUUCCCGACUUUGAGUUUGGCUGUAAGAGGCGCGUAAAUGACAUGGGUUACCUGGCGAGCCUGCACUCUGAGAGCGUCACGCUCCGGAACGAUACCAUUGAGGAGGUGACGCCCACGGGCAUCCGCUCAAGGGACGGGUUCACAGAGGCAGACGUCAUAGUGCUGGCAACUGGCUUUGACUCAAAUACAUUUUGCACAAAUAUUGACGUGGUCGGCCGAGGAGGCGUUACGGCCGAGGAGCAUUGGAGUUCUCUUGGUGGACCAGGGGCGUACAGCUCGACCAGCCUUUCCGGCUUCCCUAAUUUCUUUAUGAUACUGGGUCCAAACACCCUUACAGGCCACACCUCAUCCAUCAUGGCGGCCGAGAACAGCAUCAACUACUCUCUUCGACUGAUCAAACCCAUCCUGCAAGGCAAAGCUACUUCUAUUGAUGUCAAGCUUGACGCAGAGAAGCAGUACAUUGAUCAGAUUCAAACGGAUCUCAAGGGCACGGUGUUCAAUUCCGGGUGUGGCAGCUGGUACAAUAGGGCCAAGAAUGGAAUUGUGCACAACGCCAUGUCUUAUCCCUAUUCGCAGCCCAACUUUUGGUAUCGCUGUCUGUUUCCUGUCUACAGGGAUUUCGAGUAUGAUACUGCCAAAAAUCAACCCCGUCAAGAGGUCUGGAAACGAGCCGCUCGGUAUCUUGUCUACGCUGCUGCGUCUCUGUCUAGCUUAAGCUUGAUGAUAUCUGGCAGCAAGAACAUGUGGGAUUUAACAAGCUAUGUGUCUUUCUUGCAAGAUCAGGCAAGCGUGUUUGGGAAUGGCCUCGCGGCAUACGCAAAACUGCGCAGCAAUUAGAUGCAAUAUGCCACAAGUUGUGAUUAGAUUAACCAUGUUGCACAUCUUAAUUAUACUGAAUCCAAUUAUUACUAUCCUAGACACAACAAGUUGCGGUGGAAGGGAGCACAAGAGCCGCUGCUCCAGGUGUCACAGGGCUUCAUUUAGCACAAGACUGGCGGCUAUCUGUCCGGGCAAUUGUCUGUACGUCUGCAACCUUUCAGAAUACCUCUACCUUCAAGGUUCUCAGUAUGUACUGAGGUACGAGUAGUGUGCUCGCCUCAACUAUCGGGCUGGUAGAUCCGAUGAGUACCUACCUGUGGGCAUCACGUCGGCAAACCUGGUU